GAAAUAAAUACGAAGAAGGUUGAUGUCCAUCGGAGGACAAAUUAAACCAAGACUAAAAAUGCUCUCUCAAAUCAACAGAAAGUUAUUGGCUUGUGUGACGACCACGGGACUCGGGUCAACUUUGAUUGCUGGUUACUCAACAAGGGCAAAAGUUAUGGCUUCAGCAGGUGAUGGUGUGGACUGGAAGGCAGCUAAAAAUAUUUAUGAAUUUACUGUUCAAGAUAUAGAUGGUAAUAAUGUUAAAUUAGACAAAUAUAAGGGAAAUGUCUGUCUAAUAGUAAAUGUGGCCUCUAAAUGAGGGUUUACAGAUAAAAACUACACUCAGCUACAGGAAAUGCACGUCCAAUAUGCUGAAUCAGGUCUCAGGAUCUUAGCCUUCCCUUGCAAUCAGUUUGGGAGCCAGGAACCAGGGACCAAUGAAGAAAUAAAAAAAUUUGCAAAAGAUAAAUAUGGAGUAGAAUUUGAUAUGUUUAGUAAAAUCAAUGUCAAUGGUGAUAAAGCCAGUCCUUUAUUUAAUUAUCUUAAAAAUACACAGAAAGGAACAUUUGGCAAUUUUAUAAAAUGGAACUUUAGUAAAUUUCUGGUAGACAAAAAUGGAGUUCCACAGAAAAGAUAUGCGCCAAAUGUAGAACCAAAUUCCAUUGUUAAAGAUAUGGAAGAAUUACUAAACCAGUGAUUGGUUAACUUCAGGUCACAAUUAUCAAGUCCCUUAAGAUUAUCCAGGCUUUAAGAUAGGAAGUUCAUAGAAUUUUUGUCUUCUUUUUCAUUUUUCAGUACCAUUUCAUUUUGUGAUUCACUCUUGAUUUAUCAGUUUUGUUUCUAAUUAUUGUUGUUAGGUAUGCUCUUACUGAAGUAUUUUGCAAUUAUCAGUUUAAAUAUGUACAAAUCUGAGCUUAUACCUGAGGUUGUGAACCACGAUAUUGACAGGCAGUAUUGAUGACGGAUUUUGCCGAAACCUUUACGAAGGAUGGCCCGAUCCUGAUUGUCCCUUGACGUGCAACUUUCACUGUCUGUCUUUAUGACUGGGGUACACAACUUCAGGCCCUAUCUUACAACUGGAUGAAAUUGAGGUUUUGUUUGCGUAUGAAUUUGUUUUGUUGUGUUUUGUUUCAUUUUAUGGAUCUCUGUGGUAUAUAUAUCAGUGACUGUCCACGAUGUCUUUAAUAAAUUCAAACAAAUUUUGAAAAACGAUUAAUUUUCAUGAUCCUUAUUGAAUAUUUGUUGUCUUCUAUAGUAUCACACAAAUCCAAAUUCUUGCUUUUCUAACAACCCUUUUAUUAAAUAUGUUGUACAAUGUUGAUGAUAUAGAUUCUUUGUAACAGAAACACAAAAAUACUUUUUUGUCGGAUAAAGGCUGUGACAGUAUCACACUGCUAUGCAAUUAGUUUGUUAAAAUAUUAUACAAACUAUUGGUAAACCUGAUGUUUUAAUAAUACCACAAUAGAAUUC